CGCAAGUGAAGCCCCCCCCCCCUCUCCAUCCCUACAAUGGCUCGCACGUACCUCAUCGGUGGCAACUGGAAGUGCAACGGCACGGUGCAGUCGGUCAAGGACCUGUGCGCGCUGCUCAACAAGGUCGAGAUCACCUCGGACAAGGUCGAGGUCGUGGUGGCGCCCCCCGCGCUGCACAUCGACCUGGCCAAGUCGCUGCUGCAGAAGAAGAUCGCCGUGAGCGCGCAGAACGUGAGCCUCACCGGCCUGGGCGCCUACACGGGCGAGAUCGCGGCCGAGCAGCUGCUGGACUUCGGCCUCGAGUGGACCAUCACGGGCCACUCGGAGCGCCGCGCCUACUACAGCGAGAACGACGAGGUCGUGGCCAAGAAGACCAAGCGCGCGUUGGACCUGGGCCUCAAGGUCAUCUUCUGCAUCGGCGAGUCGCUCGAGGAGCGCCAGGCCAACAAGACGCUGGACGUGCUCAUCCGCCAGACGCAGGCGCUCGCCAGCAUCGUGAGCGAGGCCGACUGGGCGCGCAUCGUCAUCGCCUACGAGCCCGUGUGGGCCAUCGGCACGGGCGUGGUGGCCACCCCCGCGCAGGCGCAGGAGGCCCACAAGGACCUGCGCGCCUGGAUCGCCGGCAAGGUGUCCCCCGCCGUGGCCGAGAACGUGCGCAUCAUCUACGGCGGCUCCGUCAAGGGCGACAACUGCGAGGAGCUCAUUGCGCUCAACGACGUCGACGGCUUCCUCGUGGGCGGCGCCGCGCUCAAGCCCGAGUUCGAGAAGAUCAUCAAGAGCGCCUUCUAAGUGGCGAAGUAAUCGCUAGAACUGCGGUCGGCUCGGCUCUCUAGGAGCCACGGCACGCCCGACGGCAGCCUGUUGAGUUAGUAAAAAAGAAAACAACAAAACUUCAGAAACAC